GUGCCGGCGCCAGUUGGGACGCGGAGCAGAGGAGCACGGCCGGGCGCCAUGGCCCCGUGGGGCGAGCGGCUGGCUGGAGUGCGCGGGGUGCUGCUCGAUAUCUCGGGCGUGCUGUACGACAGCGGCGCGGGCGGCGGCACGGCCAUCGCCGGCUCGGUGGAGGCGGUGGCCAGACUGAAGGGCUCCCGGCUGAAGGUGAGGUUCUGCACCAACGAGUCACAGAAGUCCCGAGCAGAGCUGGUGGGGCAGCUUCGGAGGCUGGGAUUUGACAUCUCUGAGGGGGAGGUGACCGCCCCGGCACCGGCCACCUGCCAGAUCCUGAAGGAGCGAGGCCUGCGACCAUACCUGCUCAUCCAUGACGGGUUCGCCUCAGAAUUUGAUCAGAUCGACACAUCCAACCCAAACUGUGUGGUAAUCGCAGACGCAGGAGAAAGCUUUUCUUAUCAAAACAUGAAUAACGCCUUCCAGGUGCUCAUGGAGCUGGAAAAUCCUGUGCUCAUAUCACUGGGAAAAGGGCGUUACUACAAGGAGACCUCUGGCCUGAUGCUGGAUGUUGGUCCCUACAUGAAGGCGCUUGAGUACGCCUGUGGCAUCAAAGCCGAGGUAGUGGGGAAGCCUUCUCCUGAGUUUUUCAAGUCUGCCCUGCAAGCCAUAGGAGUGGAAGCCCACCAGGCCGUCAUGAUUGGGGACGAUAUCGUGGGCGACGUCGGCGGUGCCCAGCGGUGUGGAAUGAGAGCGCUGCAGGUGCGGACUGGGAAGUUCAGGCCCAGUGACGAGCACCAUCCGGAAGUGAAGGCUGAUGGGUACGUGGACAACCUCGCAGAGGCGGUGGACCUGCUGCUGCAGCACACGGACAAGUGACAGCCUCCUGGGAGAGCCCUGCUUCCUCCACCCCUGCCUCUCCUCCACCCACCCCAGUGCCCAGACCACCCAAGGCCCUGACAGCCCUGCCCUCUGCCCUCUGCCCUGCUGCACGGGCAGGCAUUUGUUCCCUGCCUGGGUGGCCUGCUCCCCUGCCUGGGCCCUGACUUCAGCUCACUGUACUGAAGUCCAGGAGGGUGGGACAGACCUGUCAGGCCUCUGGGAAUCUCCCAAACCCCAGCACUCACUCACCCACCAUGCGCACCUGGUCCUUUAAAUGCGGGAAACUCCACCUAACCGGAUUCAGAGGCACCGGCCCCGCUGCCUCCUCUUCAGACUCUUUGCAUUUCAGUGAAGAGCCUGGAAGAAACCCAGGGGCCUCCUAUGCACAGAUCUUGCAGCCCAGAACCAAGUCAGCCUCCUGCGACUGCCUAGGCACACUGCCCACCACCCCACCCCCGAAACAAUGCCAGCCCGCUGCUUUUCCUGUCCUCCCAGGCACCUUUGCAAAGACCAGGGGCAGCUCCUGAGGGAACUGUGAAGGCUCCCGUGCCACACAGCAAGAACUGCAGCCUCUGCGCCCAAGGCACACAGGGUACUUUCUGGAGCCAUUGCUGGAUAGACUUAAAGGUGUCAUGCCUGGUGUGUGCAGGAGGAAACUAACAGUUCAAUAAACUCCGCCUUGACCAGCA